UUGCCAGAGGAGCCCAGUCAUCUCUCCUCGUUCUCUUUCGUCCUCGAGCUCGUGUAUUGUCGGAGGGACGCCCUUGGUCGCCGACGACUCCUGAGGGAGAGGCCCCGUCCGCGCCCAUAUUCCGGACGCUGGAACCCGAGCACUUCUUUUACAUGACGCAUCCGCCCUCCUCGGCAGGACUCGUAAGCCACAACGAAGGGCGACUCGACAACGCUGGGGCCAAUGGGCCUGUGGUUCUCACGUCCUCUAAGCGAGUCCUCGACGAAGGAAGGGGAAGGGCAUCGCACUCAUCUCCAGACACCAGCAUCCUUUAUCCCAAGACGCGGUCGAGCGUGCCGUCGCUGAGCGGAGUGCAGCACCAACAACCUAGCCCGCGAAAGAGGUCCUCUAACGCCCUCCACGGGACACCUUCAUCCCACGCAUCGCUCACCACCUUUCCAGGAUUAGCCUUCCAAAAUCUGUCCUCUUCCUCUUCCUCCCACCUCUUUCCCUCAAGUGUUUUUGUUCCAAAGACUGUUGUUGUUCCUUCCCACAUGGUUUCUCGAGCUGUCGAUUUGCCGCAGAAGACGAAAGGUCGGACCAGUGCAAGCAGGGCUCGGGCACAUAAUGCAGUCUCGCUCAUCGCCCCCUCAACCCCCAUCCACAGAGAAUAUUCCUUUGGCUCAGUCACUCAAACCCAUAGUAUAAUUCAUGGGGCACUUGAAGGUUCUUCCCCUCAAGUGCCUCAAGUAAAGGGUACAGAAGAUUAUCCAAAAUCCAGGUGGUUCCCUUACCACAAGGAGAGGCUGGAUAAGGGCAGAGAACAUUAUGUGAAGUUGGCAGAGAGAGACAGCAGUCUGGGUCUUGAACUUCAUGAUGUCUCGAGUCCCUAUAGUUCCUUUGAAGAUGUUGCUGCAUUUAGAACUCGUGAAAUCAGUACAGGCACAAGUGAACUUUUUGAUGGAGGACAAGAGGUCCCUUGUCGAGGCUGUGCCACCCCGGGACUCAGAGCAGAUGACGCGACAACAAACCCCAUUACCAUAGUCCUCACCUCGUCUCACCUUGCAUUCCCAGAACCCCAAACCAGAAGCACCAUCCACUUUGCAGAUUUCCCCACUGAGGAUAGCAAUACUCCCAACACUACCAGCUCUUUGGGGGGAAACAGCACCUCUGAAAUCCCUAUAACAGUCCCCCCCUUAGACGUCCCAGAGCCUAGCACAAAAUUCUCCUCCAUUGGCCAUGUAAGAUCAUGCAUCAUUGAGACGAGGGUGAGUGUCCAUCGCCAUGAAAUACACACUGAGCAGAUUUGGAGCAGCGCUUCACCUGUAUGGUUCCCUGAGCCACAGACCAUCAUGAGGCACCAUGCAGAGGAAGCAGUGUCUAGUGAGGACCUGGUUCAGGCUCUCACUCUUGAGAGUAGCCUCAGGAGCUAUCCAGAUGUCACAUUUUGGACUCACGAAAUGAUCACACCCAUGACGACAGUCUAAGCUCAGUGUGAAAGUGUUUAUUUUCUCUCUUUCUCUCUUUUUUUUUUUUUAAUGGUCUGAAGAAUUAUAUGGUCAUCUGUACACAUAUUUCUCUCUAUAUUUUUUUAAUGAGUGAUUCACACAUACACUGGUAACUGAUUGCCAGUGCUUUCAUCCAUACACAGAGCAGUGCCAUUCCUCUCAUCUUGCACAUAUAUUCUCAUGCAUUCCAUGAUUUUUGAUACUGAUAUAUUACACAAAUAAUUAUUAUUGUUAUUAAUCUCACAUAUAAAGAGUCAUCAGUAUAUUUGAUCACUUAUGCAAUUCAUCACUAUUAUUCUUCAUAAACAUAAACAUAAUCAUGGCUAUUCAUUUUUCACCUUCACAUUUACACAUUUAUCUAAAGGUCAGUCUACAGCAUCAGUGGGCAUGAUAGGGGGGCACAGGGGCAAGUAACUGCAAAUGUGAGAAAACAAUGGCUCGUAGUUUGACCACCUGUGAACAUUGAGUGUGUUUUUCCUUUCUGAUCAUAUUUUCUACCUCAUUACCUCAGUUCAAAGGUCUGCUAUCUACUCAGGCCACUGACCAUGGCUUUCACUUUUCUACCUCCAAAUCCUUCUCCAUUCUUUUUUUCUCGCUUAAGUGCCCAACCUCCACUCUCUUUAUUUGAUGUUUUCUUCCAGUCCUGUCCCCCUGGAAAGUUUCUUGGUGUCAUUUUUGACUCCAAUCUGUCCUGGGGGGAAUCAUAUCCUUUCCACUAAAGAAAAAACCCAUCAUCACCUUAGACUCUUGCAGACUCUCCAUAUAUUUUGGGGUUCAGACUGCAAAUUUUUCCUCCAUUUUUAUGUUACCCUGAUCCUCUCCACUCUUGACUAUGACUACCAUAUCUAUUCUUCUGCCUCCGUUUCACUUCUUGCUCAUCUUGAUACAGUCUACCAAUGUGGUCAUGCUUAUCUCUAGGCCUCUUCUGCUCUUCCCCAGUUGAGAGCCUGUAUGAUGAGUAAAGCCUGUUAUCCCUCUCUUCAAUGCCAUGCUCUUUGCUUUCUCUGAUGCCAAGCUUAUUCCGCCAAUUUUCUCUCCAAACUGCCCCAUAAUCCCUUCUUCCUACCUUUGCCUACACCUCUCUCAGUUCACAUGGUUGCUCUCCUUUCCCAUUCACCCUUUCCUCAUCUCUGACCCUUCCUCUUCCUGACCAUUCAUCCCCUCCUUGGCUCCUCCAGUUUAUCUAAUCUCCUUUAACCGCUUUUCCUUUUACUAAUCCCACCUUAUCCCAUUUGAUUGCCCUCUUUAUCCAUUUCACUACUAUACCUUCUUGUUGUGCUUUUAUGUCUAGCUCAUUUCUUUGUUUGAACCAUUGACUGCCUUUGACACCAUCUCUGCCCAUGCCCGCCGGUCAUAUCCGUUUGUGUGGACAGUCCUUAUAUAUAUAUCUUUGUUUGAGCAGUUUGAGCAGCAAGUAGAUAGUUGGUUGUAUGAACAAAGAGUAUCAUGUGUGCGUGAAACAUUAAUAGUUUUUUAAUGCAGAUCUUUAUUUAUGGUAAUGUUACUUAAUGUUUGUUGAACAAUGAGCCACCCAGAUUUUAGAAGUUUAAAUGUAAAAAAAAUUACUUCAGUCACUGUAGAAUUUUCUUACAUCUUGACUUGGCAAUCCAUUUUCAUCCACUUAUUAAACGGCCAGAAGAUAAUGGAACAAAAUUCGGGUAAAAAAAAAAGAAAAAAAAAGAAUGCUAUAGGAAAUAAUGGCCUUAUUAUUCUCCCUAUUCUUCUGUACUUUUAUUUAUUAUUCCCAUUAUCGUAUCCUUGAUAUACUAUUAAAGUGAAGGUGUACCAUACAUGAUGAAUGAUGACAGGUUGACAGUUUGGUGGCAAUAAUUAUGAGGUUAUUCAUCCUAUCCUCGCCAACCUCUCAAAAGUGCAUCUCAGUAAGAAAUGAAGAGAGUAAAAAGUGUGUUUGUUCUGUUAUUCUUAGAAAUUUCUGUCAUCCCACAUACCACUGGAGUGUUUAUUCUUUUUUUUGCCAGUAUGUACGAAUGUUUGUACUGUCAUUCUCCAGAUUUGUCUUUACGUUUGCUGUAUGAAGCUGCAGUUUGGCUUUAAUAAAACGGGUUGUGAAUACUCACAUUUAAGAUUAUAAA